ACCCUUCACUAACCCCCCUCCCCCCAGCUCCGGACUUCUAAUUUCUCCAGAAAUUAUAAUAACAUUAUUCAAAUUUCCAAAUAUCCGAUCAAAUCACUCCCUCUAGAUCUGAACUGAAAUCGACCGAUACAGAGCGAAAACUUGUAUGAAUGAAUUGUUGGAAUUGAAGAUAGUCUCUCCAAUUCCGUUACCAUGCCCUCAGCCGAAUCCGAAGCCGUAUCGCUCUUCCGUUCCAAGCCCGUGUCAGAGAUCCGAAAUGUGGAGGCUUCGACCCGGGCACAGAUCCAGCUCAAGCAGGAGGAGCUCCGGCAGCUCGUCGGCACCCGUUACCGGGACCUCAUCGACUCCGCCGAUUCCAUCGUUCUCAUGAAGAAUUACUCUCAGUCUAUCGCUUCCAAUCUCUCCUCCAUCAACAGUGCGAUCCGUUCCCUCUCUUCCGAGACCCCCAAGUUCAACUCCAAUCCUAAUUUGACCCGAGCGCGGACCUACGGGAUCGCCUGCCGGGUCAAGUACCUCGUCGACACGCCCGAGAACAUCUGGGGCUGCCUCGAUGAGUCCAUGUUUCUGGAAGCCGCCGCACGGUACUCACGUGCCAAGCACGUGCAUGACAGACUAAUGAACAACGAGGAUCGUGGAGAGCUAUCGAUCCUGUCGAGUUUCCCUCUGCUUCAGCACCAAUGGCAGAUCGUGGAGAGCUUCAAGGCUCAGAUCUCGCAGCGGGGUCGAGACCGGUUGCUCGAACAACGCGGCCUUCCGAUCUCGGCCUACGCCGAUGCGUUGGCCGGCGUGGCAGUGAUCGACGAGCUGGACCCUAAGCAGGUUUUGUCGCUCUUUCUGGACACCAGGAAGUCGUGGAUUUCGCAGACACUAGGUACGUGUGCUCACAAUCACAAUGCUACUUGCGACGACGUAGUUUCCGUGUUUUGCGAGGUUUUGAGUAUAAUUCAGAUCACUGUGGGCCAAGUGGGUGAGUUGUUCUUGCGAGUGUUGAAUGAUAUGCCGUCGUUUUAUAAAGUCAUAUCGGGUUCGCCUCCCGCAUCUCAGUUAUUCGGAGGGAUUCCGAAUCCGGAUGAGGAGGUCCGGCUUUGGCAGUUGUUUAGGGAUAAGUUGGAGUCGGUCAUGGUCAUGCUUGAUAAGGAGUAUAUUGCGAGGGCCUGUUCUCUGUGGUUAAAGGAAUGUGGGCGAGAACUUGUCAAUAAGAUCAAUGGGAGGUAUUUGAUUGAUUCCAUUGGUUCUGGACAAGAGCUUGCUUUGGCCGAAAAGUCCAUAAGGGUGACCGUGGAGAGUAAGACAGUGUUGGCAGGGAGUUUGGAGUGGUUGAAGAGCGUUUUUGGUUCGGAGAUUGAGUUGCCUUGGACUAGGAUAAGAGAGCUUGUUUUGGAGGAUGAAUCUGAUCUGUGGGAUCAGAUCUUCGAGGAUGCUUUUGUGAGGAGGAUGAAAAUGAUUAUGGACGUUGGGUUUGAGGAUCUGACGAGGGUUGUGAAUGUGGUGGAAUCGACUCGUGCCAUUGGGGAGAAUUAUUCUGGUGGACAAAUUGAUUUCCAGGGGUACUUGAACAGACCUUCUACGGGUGGUGGGGUUUGGUUUAUUGAAUCUAAUGCUAAGAAGGUUGGUGUGCUUUCUGGUUUUAAAGCACCGUCAGAAGAGAACGAUUUCCAGACUUGUCUGAAUGCCUAUUUUGGUCCCCAAGUUAGUCAAAUCAGAGAUGCAGUGGACAGCCGUUGUCAGAGCAUUCUGGAGGACCUGCUCAGCUUCUUAGAAUCUCCAAAGGCAGCUCUAAGGUUAAGGGAUCUGGCACCAUAUCUACAAAACAAGUGUUAUGAGAGCAUGUCCACCAUAUUGGUUCAAUUAAGGAGUGAGCUUGACAAUUUAUAUGGGGCCAUGGAAAAUGCCAACAAGGAAGGUCAGCCUCUUCCGCCAGCUAUAAUAGUUGAGAGAUCGCUUUUCAUUGGGCGACUGCUGUUUGCAUUCCAGAACCACUCGAAACACAUCCCAGUGAUACUUGGUUCUCUGAGGUUUUGGGUAAAUGAAACUGUUGUGUCCGUGGUUUUCGACAAGUUACCUUCCUUGUUGAGACAACAAUCUAGAGUGACUGCUGAUUCUCCCGUAUCUGAUAGCCUGGGAAGACAAACACCCAUUGGCACUAAAAGAAGAACUUCAUUAGCCACUGCAGCAUUGCUUGGAGCCGGUGAAACUGCAAGCCCAAAACUUGAAGAAUUCAAUAGGCUUACACGAGAUCUUUGCAUUCGAGCACACAAUUUAUGGAUAUUAUGGCUAUCAGAUGAGCUUUCAACUAUUGUUUCUCGGUAUCUUGGACAAGACGAUGCAUUAUCAUCAACAACUCCUUUGAGGGGCUGGGAAGAAACGGUAGUCAAGCAAGAACAGGCUGAUGAGGGCCAAUCAGAGAUGAAAAUAUCUCUUCCAUCCAUGCCUUCUCUUUAUAUUAUGUCGUUUUUAUUCCGAGCAUGUGAAGAAGUUCAUCGUAUUGGAGGUCAUGUACUUGACAAAAUGAUUCUGCAAAAAUUUGCAUUAAGAUUAUUGGAAAAGGUCAUGGAUAUUUACGGGGAAUUUCUUUCUGCUAGAGAGGCUGGUGGAUCUCAACUGUCAGAAAAAGGUGUUUUGCAGAUUUUAGUGGACUUGAAGUUUGCUGCUGAUGUUCUUUCUGGGGGCGAUUCCAGCUUGAGUGAAGAAUUGUCUACUAGUAUGAAGCCAAAGUUGCCUUUUGGGCGGAAGCAAGAUCAAGGCCAGAAGAAGUCAGUCAUCAGAGAGCGUAUCGAUGGAUUAAUAAAUCGUCUUUCAAAAAGAUUGGAUCCUAUAGACUGGCUUACGUAUGAACCAUAUCUCUGGGAGAAUGAGAGGCAAUCAUACCUGCGGCAUGCUGUCCUCUUUGGAUUCUUUGUGCAACUUAAUCGAAUGUACACGGAUACUGUUCAGAAGCUGCCUAAUAAUUCGGAGUCCAAUAUUAUGAGAUGUUCUACAGUUCCUCGCUUCAAAUAUCUCCCAAUCAGUGCUCCAGCAUUGUCUUCAAGAGGCACAACUAAGACAUCUAUUUCAACAACUUCAGAUGAUAUCUCUUCAAGAACGUCCUGGAAAGCUUAUGCAAAUGGUGAGCUUUCACGAAAGAUGGAUUUGGAUGAUAACUCCAGUUUUGGGGUAGCAGCACCAUUACUGAAGUCUUUCAUGCAGGUUGGAAGCAGAUUCGGAGAGAGCACAUUGAAAUUGGGAUCCAUACUUACAGAUGGGCAAGUGGGCAUAUUCAAGGAUAGAUCAGCUGCUGCCAUGUCGACUUUUGGAGACAUUUUACCUGUCCAAGCUGCAGGUCUUCUUUCGUCCUUCACAGCUUCUAGAUCAGACUCUUGAUUGUCCAAUGGAUGUGAACGUUAUUUAGUUGAAGGAGAUGUGAAACUUGAUGAGUAUUUGGGGACUUUGAUACAGCAAAAUCACGUUCCGAUCCUCAGUUGAAAGAAUAUGUAUAUAGUAUAGAUAGGAAUCAAGAAUUUUUGAGACAUUUUCCUCGAAGUAAACAAGAAAGUGGAAAGAAAAUUAUGUGAAUGGAAUGCAGAGGAAUCAAGAACUUUUCAGAGAAUUUCAACAAGUGAAAGAGAAGAUGGGAGACUGAAGAUGAGGGGGUGGAGAUUAUGUCCAAAUAAAAUAGAUGAUACGGUUCGAAUUGAGGCGGUUUGGACUAAAAAAAAUUGUUAGCAGCCCAAGAGUUUGCAGCUCAGUGUUUUCCCUAGUUAUUGUGAAGUUGAAAUCUAUCAAAUAAAGUACAUAGUGAGACAUCUUUACUGAAAAUAUUACAAGAAAAUGGCAAAUGUGAGGGCUUUUAGGGGAAGCUUUAUUUGGUUAGAGUUGUCAGAGCCAGAGGAUGUUCUGGUGUGGAAGGGAAGCUCUAACAUCAUGCUCUAAUUGGAAGGGAAGUUUAUGUCAUAUGGACAACAAUCGGAUAAUGCAUGGCAUUAAGUUGUUUGCGGUAAAUAUACGUGCAAGAUGGUUGGCUUCUACGUUUUGUUGGCAUAUGUUGGAUCUAGUAGAGGACAUUGCUAAACUCAAUUUUCAUUGUUAGUGGCUA